GUGAAUUUUGGAACACGGCCUCAAUCUGCGAAGCGUAAUUGGAUUUGGAUGCAUACUUGAAAGAAUGGACGAGUGACUAGUCUCUGUUGUUUUGCCCAUGAUGUGAAAGAAAAUGAGAGCGAAAGACGUGUAUUGAACAUAUACGAUCACGCAUGCGUAAGCUAUUUGUCCAUCUCGAAACAUUGCUCAGAUAUCGAACAAUGUUUAUUUCCAAGGCUGUUUUGUAACAAUAUUUGAUUGCCAUUACUUCGAAAGAUACAAUUACAACGGCAGAAUGGCAUCGAUUGCUCGUAUUGGUAUCACGAAGCUCGGAUAUAAUAACCUUGUUAGACAAUUAUGUAAGGUAACAACUGCUGGCAACUGCUGGUACCAAGUGGCUUUCAUCAGUAGAAAAGCUAAACGUGUAGCUGCAGGUAUACGGGCACGGUUGCAGCCUUUUGACUACAUGAAUAAACAAUAUACUAUGUGGCAACAGUUGGUUGAUCCAAUAAUUGACAGGCUGGAUGAUAAUUCUAAAAUAAUAGUUAUCGAAGGUCCAAUGACCUCAAACAAGGCUAAGUUAGGCCAAAAACUAGCAGAUGAACUUGAUAUGAUAUAUUUACCAUCACCAAAUUUCGACGAGUAUUACAUAACCAACUAUGGAUAUGAUUUACGUACACUUGAUGAUAGACUAUCGAUAGGUGCACAAUCAUGUGACUUAAAGAAAUUCCUGACAAAUCCGCAUCAUCCUAAUGUGCCUAUGUUCCAAUUACAUUACUUCCAACUCAAAUAUGAUCAAUACAUUACUGCUUUAUUGCACUUAUUGUGCACUGGCCAGGGAGUAAUACUCAACCGCUCUUUCUAUAGCAGUUUUGUAUUUGCACAGGCAAUGACAAAUGCAGGCUAUAUGCGUCCUCAAGCACUACGAUUUUACAAUAAAGUUGUAGGAAUGGCAGAGGAUGCAGUGAUGAGGCCUCAUUUGGUAAUUUAUUUGGACCUGCCUGUUGAUGUUGUUCAGGAAAGAAUAAAAAAGCGAGGUAUACCAUACGAGGUGAAUUCAAAAGUGCUAACAAGAGAAUAUCUCACGGAUAUUGAAACAUCGUACAAACAAAAUUACUUAAAGAAAGUUAUGAGUCAUUCUCAUGUACUGAUGUACGACUGGACGGAAGAGGGAGAUGUUAUGAGUGUGAUCGAUGAUAUCGAAGAAUUGAACUUUAAUAUAUACGACAAAAACGGUAAAAUGGCGGAUUGGAUUUUCGAAACUGUGCAAGAGCUUCGUAUUAAAAGAACAUAUCUUCAUGAGAGAUUUUAUCUGCAUCAAGAUUACCUCACAAUCGAUCUUAAUGUUCCGGAAUUAGCUUAUACACCUGACGAAGUGAAAGAAAUACACGAAAACUACAUAACGAUACCUGGUGGAAAAUAUGAUACGGGGUUCAACACAGACAUGGGGGACAAAGGAAUCUUGUGGAAAUAUCAAUUAUCAAAGAUACAUAGGUCCCUCAGAACUCGACCUCGUGACAUGGAAGUGCUAAAGGAAGAAUUUAAGAAACUCAAAGCUGCUGCGUUUGGCUCAAAAUAAGGAGAAUAUGUUCUCAUAUACGUGUAGGAAAAAAAAUAGAUAAAACUUGUAAACACAAUAGCUGAAGCAAAAAUAAAUUGCUGUUAUAAAAUAAACAUCAUAAGACGA